AUUCUUAGUCAAGUGUUCACAAUCUGCGGUUAUGUCAAGCAAUACAGAUCAAGACCUAACAUUCAUUCACUUCUGGAAGUUUCCCAUUCAACCAUCGAUGGGUGUCAUCAGAGAAAUAGACGUGUUUUCGACAGUGAACGGUCCAGUGAUCCACGAUUGGGAGAUUCGUGUCGGCCCGGACACUUUUGGAGCAUUUCGAGGAGCCGGAGCAAGGAACAGACAUGUCCAGCUUCGCCUUCGACCAGCCAUGUUCAGAGAUCACAUCGCUGAGGCCACAAAGUGUACUUUUCAACUGAAAGUUCGAGAUCGACAAACUGGACAAGAGCUGCUGACACCGGAGCCGUGUACUGUAAUUCCACCACCCAACGAAAGAACCCAAGGAUUCAAAGUCCCACCCAGCUCAAGCAUCGGCUCAACGUUAAUUCAAGUCUAUCAAGGAGCCUCUUUUGCUGGACGAUUGUGCGAAGUUACUACUACGAUCACGAUAUCUCAAUCGCAAUUCAGAGUCACGGAAUGGGAGUUGCUUCCACCGUCAACGCCACUACAUCUUGAUUGGCGUUUUCGACUUUUAGACGACAAAUCUACCCACGAUUUCCUUCUCGUAUGUCGAGAUGGCCAGAUGUACACAUCAAAAGAAGCUCUAUACUUCUGCUCACCAUAUUUUCGAGAAUAUUUUAAUGGAACGGGAAGAGAUUCCGAAAGGAUGGAAUUCUUGGACGUAGCAGUUGAAGCUGCGCGAACGGUUGUCACAUUCAUGGUUACGUCAACCUUCUCAGCACCUCCGACGAUAUCACCUUCACUAUCAAGGGAUAUUUUCAAUUUAGGCAAUCGGUUUGACGUCAUGCAACUUAGCAGUUUGAUGGUAGCUGUGGAACGGCUUGGUUACAUGGAUGUCAUUGAGAACAGCGAAUCCAUGGACGUUCUGAUCGAAUGGUUCGUAACAGCACAUGAAUGCCAUAUGAAUCGAGUACAAAACGCAGCUGUCGCUUAUCUCACUGCUCUUCAUCAGUCACAGUACAUUGCCGAAUAUGGUGAUGGUGAAGUUCCUAAGCCUCGCGCGGCUUCCGAACGUCUAAACCGCGGCCAUGGCGGAUUUAGGACGACACCACAUCAACGCGUACUAAACGCUCAGUUCAGCGUAAGCAAUGUACGAAACGUCCAAAGAGUUGAAGUGUGAUUGGAAAAG